CCGCUCUCUCACUUUCGGAGGACACCAGCAAGCCCAGCAGGCUGACCAGCAGCAGCGCGAGGACAGCCCGGCGCGCCAUGGUGGCCCGGAGCCGCGCGGGGACGGUCCCUGGAGAUUUAGAUUUGUCAGACGCCCUUCUUGAGGAUGACAAGAAACCGACUCCUCCACCCCCCAAAAAACCCGGUGCUGACGAUGACUUCAAUUUGGAAGAUGCCCUUGGGGGUGGAGGAAGCAAUGACCCUGCGCCACCCGCCCCACCCAAGCCACGACCUCCUCCAAACCCCAACCAGCCUGGAUCUUCUGGUGGAUUUUCAGAUGCCGACCUCGUUGAUGGGGAUUCAGGUGGAGGUGGUGGAGGUGGCGGUGGCCAUGGAGGCCAGGGUCACGGCAGCGGGGAGCAAGCCGACUCCCCCGGGGUGGUCCCCGGCAUCGUGGGGGCCGUCGUGGUCGCUGUGGCCGGAGCCAUCUCUAGCUUUAUUGCCUACCAGAAAAAGAAGUUGUGUUUCAAAGAGAAUGCCGAGCAAGGGGACGUCAACAUGGAAAACCAUCACAGCACCAACGCCGAGCCAGCCGUUCAGCGGACUCUUCUGGAGAAAUAGAAGCUGGGCGGGAAGAGCAGCUCUGACAUCCGCAGCGGCGUUCCCAGCCUUGCCUGCUGCCCCUGUCGGAAGACGGCCCUCGGGAGGGGAGGACAGAGCCGCCCCCGGGAGCCGGCCUGUCCCAUUCACACCUGCGCUCCAGUCGGAUGCUCUGUUUUAAUUUUGACAUGUGUGCACCCGUCUCCCUGCCGGGUAGAUGAUGUGGACUGACAAUGAGUUCUGCAUCCAGAGGGGACCUGCAUUUGCCUUCUCCAUGGCCCUUAGGGGUUUCCGGUGUCAUGUGCAAAGCCGGCCACCACAAAGUCAUUCGAAUAUCGACCCCACUGAAGUUCCCCUGAGGGGAAACUCUGGGCCGUUUGCAAAGUGCAUUGAACCCGCCUGAGACCUCCCUAACAUUGACCGUUUUAUAGAGUGAGGUAAGCCUUCUGUUAGUUUCCUCCAAAUUUCUUUCAUUGGUUAGGACUUUUUUUUUUUUUUUCCACACCAGACGAAUAAAAAGAAAUUAGAAACCGA